AUGAAGGAUUUGCCUGGAGAAUGGAUGGACCAUCAGCUCACGGUUGCUCUGCGCAUUCGGCCACUGAAUGAAGCAGAGAUUGAGGAGGGGGCAACCAUAGUGGCACACAAGAUCGACAAUCAGAUGGUGGUGUUAAUGGACCCCUGCGAGGACUCUGACAAUAUUCUGAGGGCCCAUCGCUCACGUGAAAAAACAUACAUGUUUGAUCUGGCAUUUGAUUACACUGCCACACAGGAGGAUGUUUAUGUGGCGACAACCAAAAAUCUGAUUGAUGGUGUGAUCGCUGGUUAUAAUGCCACUGUUUUUGCAUAUGGACCAACAGGAGCUGGAAAGACGCACACCAUGUUAGGGUUAGAUUCUGAGCCUGGCAUUUACAUCAGAACGCUCAAUGACCUCUUCAGAGCCAUUGAAGACAGCACUGAGGACUUGCACUGCAGUGUUUAUAUGUCAUAUAUAGAGAUUUAUAAUGAGAUGAUCAGAGAUCUGUUGAAUCCCUCUUCUGGAUAUCUUGAGCUGCGUGAGGACGGUAAAGGGGAAAUACGAAUAGCAGGCAUCACUGAAUUCUCUACAUGUAAUGCUAAAGAGAUAAUGGCUCUUUUGACUAAAGGAAAUAAACAGAGGACCCAGGAGUCGACAGCUGCUAACAAGACGUCCUCUCGGUCUCAUGCUAUACUUCAGGUGACAGUGAAGCAAAAGAGUCGUGUAAAAGAUAUCAACGAGGAGGUCAGGGUGGGGAAGCUAUUCAUGGUGGACUUGGCAGGAACGGAGCGUGCAUCACAGACUCAAAACAGAGGAAAGAGAAUGAAGGAAGGAGCACAUAUAAACCGUUCCCUGUUAGCGCUGGCAAACUGCAUCAAUGCCUUGAGCGAGAAGGGUGGAAAAGGGGCUCAGUUCGUCAACUACAGAGACAGCAAACUCACUCGACUUCUUAAAGAUGCUUUAGGAGGAAACAGUCGUACUGUAAUGAUUACCCAUAUCAGUCCUGCCAGCUCCAAUUUUGAGGAAUCAAGAAACACAUUAGUUUAUGCUGACAAAGCCAAAAAUAUACGAACCAAGGUGAAACGUAAUUUGAUGAAUGUGUCCUAUCACCUGGCCCAAUACACCCGCAUUAUUGCAGAUCUGCGAAGUGAAAUUGAACGACUUCGCGCAAAGAUCGAUCAACAAAGUCAAGAUCAACUGAAAGGAGAGAAAGCAGACAUCCGUAACAUUCAAGCUGAAGUGCAACAGUACAGUCACGGGGAGAUGGCUUUACUGCAGGAGCAGCUCCUGUCUGCCUUCAGGGAGCAGAUGGAAAUCAGACGCAGCCUCAUGGAGCUGGAGAACUGCAAUAUGGAAUUGCACAUAGACACAUCCAGACAUCUGCUCACCAUUUCAGAUUGGGAGCGAGAUCGAGCACGCGCCAGGCGAGGGAAAGACGAGUUGUCUGGACAGAAAAAACACACAGACAAGGAGGAAGGGCAAGAGAGUGGGCCAGAGGAGCCUCAAUAUGUUACAGCAGCUCGAGAGGAGAUCGGCCCUCUACUGGCUGAACAGAGGAAGACAAUGGAGCUAAAACGUGAACUGGAGGAAAAACUAUUGAGCAUGAAGCUGAAGUCAUCUAAGAUUGAGGAGUUGCUCCCUAAACGCAUAAGCAACACUGAGCAGAGAGACAUUCUGAUGCUGCUUUGUAAAGUCCAUGAGCUUGAACUGGAAAAAACUGAAAUCCAGUCGGCUGUUCUCUGCAAAGAAAACGUUCUCCGCACAAAAGACUUCAUCAUCCAGCGGCACGAGCAGCAGCGGACGCUCUGUGAUGACAUCAUACACCAGCAGAAGAUGCUAAUUGAAGAUCAAGGACUUUGUGUACCUGAGGGAUUGCAAGAGCUUUAUUCGCUGUACUUUGGUGAAUUAAGUGAUGGAAUCAUUGACCAAAUACUGAAUCUUCACACUUUCACAACAAACCCUUUAGCCGCCAGGCAGCUGAGACUUGAUGUCAUCUCCAAUUUAGAAGAAGCAGAUAAAGCAGAGCAACCCAACGUGAAGUUCAGCCCUUUAGAUAAACAUCCCCGUGACUCUUCUUCAUCUGGGCUGGAUUAUGACAGUGACAGUAACAGAGUUUUUAAAUCACUGUCUAAAAUUCAACCUCGGAGACAGCACCAUUCAUCUUCUAGCCAGACUCUUAUGAGGAAGGUUUGUGCUGUUAAGGAUUCGACUCCUGUAUGUCCAACUGAAUCUGUGAGUCCAGACACUCUGAGGGAAAUUGUCAGCGACACUAAAAGCAUCUCGGUCAUAGCAGCGAAACGGCGCUCUCGCCUCCAAGCAAAGUCCAAUUCCAGGAUGGCUGGUAUGGGUUUGGCCGCAGGGCUCAAGUCCUCAGUGAGCAUGGACAGUCUAGUUUCUACUUUGGCAGAUGAGUCAGCUGAGGUCAGAAGAAGCCACCAAAGACAUGGAGGUAGCUCACAGUCUAAGCAGGACCCCAAGAGAACAGAAGGCAGAACGGAGCUGCCUGAAAAACAGCAGCACAAAAAGAGGUCCAGAUCUUUUGAAGCAAGUAAAAGGCAGGUACAAAAACCAAGACAAAAUGCUUCCAGGUAUUCAGCUUUGGAGAGCAUCUCAGACAACCGCCUUGUGCGACCAGCAUUAAACAUCAUCCAGCCACUCAAUGGCGGUCCUGCAAACCCUGCAACACCUCCAGUAGCAAAAGUGAAAAACCCUGUUACUCACUUUACAGGUGAAGUGCAGUUUCAGAAGUUGGAGAUCAGGGGAACUCCACCCAGCACCAUCCAUCAAAAAUACUCAGACACCAAACGAGCACAGGCCGUCUACAAACGACAGCGAGGCCAAGGAGAUGUUUGCUACCCCAGCAAUCUCCUACAACAAGCAGGCAAUUACAAGAAGUCCACCAAUGAAAAUCCUAAACAAAAAGCAAUGGCCGAUGUCAACAGAAAGCUCGAAACACGGCAAAGGAACAAACACUCUGUGAAAAAGUCAUACGUCUGAGUUUUUAGUGCUUAUA